GACGGAGGAUUAAAGACUGAGGGAAAGUGCUUGGAGACUACACAAGCCUGGAGGGAGUCUGUGAAGCUGUGGCUCCCACAGCACUCUCCUCUGCUCUAUAUCCCCUCAUCACUUAGUCUCCGCUCCGCACCGGGACUCCACACCGGGACUCAGCAUCGCUCACCUCCGCUGUCAAGUUAGGAAAAGUCAGUGUUUCAAGCAAGAGCGGAAGGGGGGAGGACGCAAGCAUGGCCUCGUGGUUCAGCUGGGGCGAGCCCUGCCACCGGACCCUGCAGCGGAGCCCGUCGGACGUGGUGACGGACACCCUGAUGCUGGAGCUGAGCUGGCAGAUGAAGGAGGCCGAGCGGCUGCAGCGGGAGCGGGACAACGAGUACCGGCGCAUCAAGACGGGCGUGGAUUACAGCUGGCUGGUCAGCUACCCGCGCAGCACCUACGACAUCACCGCCGGCGAGAGGCUGGCCCUGGAGGACCUCUGCGCCAAGAUACACCCCUCCUACUGCGGGGCAGUGAUUCUAAGGUUCAGGCAGGUGGUGAUGGAAAAUGAGCCGGAGGUGCAGGAGGUGUCGUCCUUCUUCCGCUCCGUCCUGCUGGAGGCGCUGGACAAGAUGAAGGAGGAGGAAGACGCCAAGAGGCUGUCCCGGCAGUGGAACAACAAGCGCUCCAUGAGCGCCUCCCUCAUGACCUUCAAGUCCCGCGUCAGGAUAAACCCCUUCGGCACCAGCGAGGUGAAGACCGUGUCCGAGGACGUGGAGCGGGGCGUGGGCAGCGCAGAGAGGGCCAAGAGGGUGUGGAGCAUGCCCGAGUUCCGCAACGGCAAGGCGAUGUGAGAGCCUGCCGGGGACCCCCGGGCCGAGUCCCGGAGGAUGGGCAUGGAAUGUUCCGGAACGAGGGCCGAUGAGGCAACAGAGAUUGGCAGAGCUGAGGCCCAUCCUUUGAGGGUCACUCUGUGCUCAGCUGAAAGUACUGUGUAAGCCUUUAACUUUGUACAUUCCUUUCGCUCAGCUUCAUAUGAGUAUAUCCACAAUUUCAGGAUUACUACGAAUGCGAGAAAAACAAACAAACAAAAAAAUAUUUUUUAGAUCAUACCAGAUGUCACAGGUAACAAUUACUGCUGAUACCUUAUUUCCAUAAAUUAUUUUAAUGGUUAUGACAAAAAUGGGGAGUCCAUUACUGAUGACCUUACCAAUUUUUGUACCGCUUUAAGCCAUAAGUGACACACCUAAAAAUCCCUCAGAGGAUAUGACCCAUUAAUUGACGGAAACAAAUUGUAUUCUGUAUCUAAAUGAAUGGAACAUAUCUUCACUAAAAGGUAUGUGACUAACAGGUUACCAUUACCAAUUCUUUGCAAAUUGACGUACAAUGUGAGAAAUAAUGACUGUCCUCAUUUAACACAUCAGAAGUGGACUGAAUGCAUUUUAAACGUUUCUGCAUGAGGAACAUCUGUGCAAUCAGUGCAGUUAUUCCUCAUCCGCCAUUUGAAACAGUUGAAUAGGAACAAUGUUUUUAAAUGUGUUUAAGUGAUUUUAUGCAGGAUGGUGUCUUGUUUCAAGUAGAAUAAUCAAAAAUGUUCAAGGGCACUCAGGGUUGUUGUUUGAAUACGAUCAACGCUUUACUUUACUGUCAAUGUAAUGUAUCCAGUGGAGAUUUUAACCGCUUUCAAGCUCUCUGGGAAAAAAAGCCAGUAAGUAUUUGAGAGUCAAACCUGGGGAAUGUGUUUGGUUGAAUAUAUUAAGAACACACUAAGUGGAUUAACACACUAACAUACCAGUGGACAGCUGCUUUUCCAUGGGUAAGGUCAUCACACAUGCACACUUGCACAUCAUAAUCCUUAGUGCCCAGAGAGAUGGCCUUUUUCACCUAAAUUUGCUAUGAUGCCAGCAGUUAAAUGCAUUAGCCAGCUGAAAACGAAACAAAAGCUUGGUCCUUGCUGUCAGGCAGGUUACUUGACCCUGGUUCUGAAGAACCACAGCAUCUGCUGGCUCCAACCAUUACCCUUAACU